CGAGGACAUAAGAUGGUCCAAGGGGUACCCUUUGCGCACCCAGUACAUCACCCACGACGUGACGCUGGUCGUGACCGACCCUGGAUUCGAGGAUUUGGACAUCAUUGGCCUGCCUGACGGUCACGACUUCGUGUCUAAGGAGGGCCAGCUGGGCGCCAACGGGCGCGGCAGGCUCCACGUCUGGACCUGGGAGCCGGUUCAGGAGUCCAGCCAUAACCUGUUCGAGGGCACGCCCUACGAGGGCCUGGCGAAGUACCUGGCGGACAUCAGGAACAUCGUGCAGCAGGUCGAGGGCCAGGAGAACGUCCGCGCGCUGGGGAUUAAUGCCCCGCUGGACCAGGUCCUCGACAAGGUCCAGAAGUGCCUGGACACGGUGGUCAACAUCGACCAGGCCCAGGAGGUGGACGUCAGGGCCAUGCUGCAGAAGGCUGGGAGGAACCGCGCGAACACCAACGCCGGAGAGGACAGCGCGGAGACCGGCAUGGCGCCUGAGUCCAGCGAGCUGGCGGAUUUCAUCAGCAGCAACUACACGCGGCGUACCCACCAGUCGGGGACGCAGAACAGCCGCGGCUCGCGGCGCUCGUCCAUCGCGGGGCUGGGGGGCCUCUUCAAGCUGGACUUUGAGGAGCAGGAGGAGGAGGACGAGGCCGCCUCUGGCGCCGCGGGUGCCGUGUCCAGGGAGCCUGCGUGGAUGGUCAUGAUCAAGAAGGAAAAGAAUUCCUGGGGUCUGAAUUUCUUUGGCGUGUCCGAGGCGUCCUCGAGGUUGCCGCUGCAGAGCUACGGCAGGGUCCACUUUGUGCCGACGUGCACGAGGGACCUGCUGUGUGCGGCGGACCAGGCGACGGAGUUCUUGGACGCCGCUGCGAAGGCGUACUACGACAAUCCGUACCACAACGCCAUGCAUGCCGCCCAGGUCAUGCACACGACGAUGUGGCUCACCGAAGCCACGGGGCUGUCCGUGUACCAGUCGGCGCUCGAGAGAGCCGCGCUCAUGAUCGCGGCGAUAUGCCACGACGUGAGGCACUUCGGCAGGAAUAACGCCUUCUGCGUGAGCGCGAAGCACCAGCUGUCCCUGGUCUACAACGACAAGGCCCCGCUUGAGAACAUGAGCUCCCAUGUGUGCUUCCAGAUGCUGUACGGGGACAACGACAGGAGGAAUGUCCUGAAGACGCUCUCGGAUCAGGAACAGGCCUUGGCUCGCUCGCUGAUCAUCGAGCUGAUCCUGGCCACCGACAUGAUGGAGCACUUCGACCUGAUCUCCAAGUUCCGCGUGCGGAGGAUCCAGGACAACCUGAAGCUGGAGGAGGAGGCCGACAGGCGCUUCGUGACCAAGAUGUGCCUGAAGGCCGGGGACGUCAGCCACGCUGCGCUCCCGUGGGAUCUACACACGCGGUGGUCUGCGCUGGUUACGCAGGAGUUCAUGGAGCAGGGCGACGAGGAGCGGCAGCUGGGCCUGCCCGUGUCGCCCCUGUGCAACCGGGACAACCUGCAGGAGCUGGGCAAGAGCCAGCGGGGCUUCCUUGAGUUCGUGUGCAUGCCGCUCUUCGAGGAGCUCGCGGCCUUUCAGAAGGACUGGGAGCUUGCGAACCAGUUGGAUGACCCCCUGACUCAGGAAGGGCGCGGUUCGGUGAUGUCCUCCGUGCCGAGCUCUCCGCGCAGCCAGGGCGCCGCGGACAACUUGCGGCGCUCGGAGCGCAACAGCACCGGGGAUCGGACCAGCCGCGGGGGCUCCCGGGACCCCCCGCAGCACAGGACCGGAGAGCGCCGCGAGGAGCGGACCCGGGGGCCGGUCGCCGCUGGCCCGCUCGCUGUCCAUGAAGAUAGCCAAUCGCGACGAGGCCCAGGACAUCCAGUCCGCGUGCAUUCAGAGACUCAAGGACGAACGCGGAGAAGUGGGUGUCGGCGGAGCAGCAGGAGACGGUCAACAUGAUCAUCAAGCAGAUCGGGAGAACUCCUCCAGUCAAGCCAGGCACGAAGGGCUGAGCGGCGCCUCGCCGGCGGGCUGAGCCGGC